AUGUCCACCUCAUCACCCAACGACAAGCCAACCGUCAAUGGCGCGAGCGCGCCGCCCAAGGCAAACGGAGCGCCAGCUUCGAUGAAUGCAGAUCUCGCUACACUACAGCGCGUGAUUGAGCAAAGUGCGAACGUGCCAGACGAUGCGACAGACGCGGGCAUUGCGGGCCUACUGCGCGCCUUGGAACAGGCAGACGGCGUAGGGCGCGACGUCGAGGGUCGCUUGGACGCUAUCUUGGCACAACUAGACGGGAUGCUAGGCGCACUGGAGCCGGAUAACGCCGUUCCUUCGGCAGAGACGUCCACUACAGCAAAGGACGAUAACCAAGAUAAACAAGAAACUAAAUGA